GGAGUUUUGUUCUCUGAUCCGGACCAUUUAAUCGUGAAGCUUUCAUUGUCUUUCCAGACGAAAUCAUCAUCUUCAUCACAAACUUCAGACAAAAGUGAGCUAUAAAAAUCUUCCUACAAUUGAAUAACAUCUUAUGUUGUCGAUAUAAGUUUGAUCGAAUUUUUUAACCAAGUAAAAAAGAUCAUGAACAACUUCCAGAAAUUUGAAAAUCGGGUGAACGAGAAACUUAAUCAUAAUAAGUAUAUGAACGAUAACAGGACACAAUAGUCCUCAAUAACCAGUAAAGAUCUAGGUCAACAGAACCAGCUGUCAGUCAUGUUUGAAGAAAUAUGAAUAGCUCGUUGUGUUGUGAAGAGAAGAAAAACAAUGAAGUGACAAACAAUCCAAGAUUUCUUUUAGGCAUUAUCUGACUUAAUUCGUAAUCUUUGAACUACUAACAUAUAAAUGUAUCUACCUUACUCUAUAAUUCAGAUGCUUUCGAUUAAUCUAUAACUUACUGUCAUACUCUCUUCUAUUCCAAAGUUAAUGUAAUUCAAACGUGAUCAUUGUAUUAAAUUUUCGUACUGUAAUAGUCUCGGUUAAUAUAAUUGUAUUCAUUGUGUGUUGCGAUCUCGUUAGUCCUACAUUUUCGUGUUGGAUGAGUCAGAUAAAGUAUUCUACUAAUAAAUCAUCAAGUUGUCAGUGAUACGGUAGCUUUUUCCUCUCUCCUCUCAAGGCCGAUCAUUCACAAGUCAAACGUACGCUAUUCAGUCUUCAACAUACCAAGUAACGUAGCACAAUAAGCCGUUAACUAGUUCGAGACAACUUCUCUUUCUGCAUAUCCAUGUACGAACUAGUGGGGAAGAUAAGAUAACAGUACCAUCACAUUCGUGCUGUCUAUGAUGUUGUUCAGAAGGACAAUAAAAUAUUUCAUAAUUACAUUCACACUGCUCAGAGAACGAAACUCCACCAAAAUAAUUCACAUGAACUGCAAAUUUCCACUCAACAUUGAAAUAAUGUUAUGGAAAAAUAAUCAAUAUACCCCUAUAUUGGAAAGCUUUGUAUCGGUAUAGGAUAUUCCCGUAUAUACUCAUAUGGAGUGAAAACAAUUGACUACUAUAGACUGUCAUCUAAUAUUACGUAGUUCAUUUUCAAUUUUUGUUUGUUUGAAGUUUUGCUGCAUAACUGAUCUGUAACUCGUUACUAGUCUGGUUAACUCCGCACGGAACACUCAGUUAACAAUCGUUUAACCAGAUUCCAUGAUAAAUUUAAACAGACCAAGAACGACAAGGUUUGCAGAGUAAGAUAAAUUCAUUUUAUUUUGCAAAUUGUGUUGUUCUUACAUGGAAAUCGACUCAAUGUCUUGAGAAGUGUUGAUCUUGAAAAAAUAUACUUUGAAAAGUGAUGGGCUUAACCUCACCCGUGGGGCGGAGAAACGCUCAUAUGUAUUUAUCUGACUAUAACAAUUUUAUUAUGUUUUAUCCUGAUCAUUUUGCUCAUAAGUAGUUAACGGUUUGCUGCUGUCGUAUCGUCAUGAUGACACAGAAGUUGAAUGGAAUAUUACUCUUGGAGAAUCAUUGUAUUACUGAUUCAUGUAAUUAGUAAUGUGAUGUGGAUUAAGUCGAUUUUUCCAUUAGUGUUCCAACAAUCUUGUUGAUAAUAAUGACAUAAUUUUGUGUGCUUUUAUCUCAAGCUGAACAUGAAAAUGAAGAGUCGACAUUUCGUUUAUUACAAUUAAUACUUGCAUGCGCUGUAAAUUGUGAUAAUAAACAAACUUAUAUUCAAACAAUUAUGGGGAUGGAAGAAACUGUGCAACAAGCUAUAAUGGAAGCGAUUCAACAAGUAUGUGUUAAUGUUAUUCAUUGUUUUGAAAAAAAUUUAUAUAUGAACUUUAUUUCGUCUUAUUUCGGUUUCCCAUCAAGUAAUAGAGUGUACAUGUGUUGAUUGUGUUCGAUAGAAAGCUUAAUUCUAGUAUAUUGGUCUUUUUCAAGACUCCAGUAAUAUCGCGUAUAUUCUAUUCACGGACGAUUGAGGAUCCCUCUAGUAAGAGUCAACCAAUAAGAUCUCUAAUAGACUGAAUGUCUGUCUCACAACACUUCAACGUUCAUAGUCAACACUCAUAUAAUGAAGAUGGAACUUUCAGAAUAACCUUGUAUUCCGUACAGAAGUCGGAAAUCGGAAAAGGAACAACUCUGUUUUUUAUCGUAACAUUAAAAUCCAUAGCAAUUAAUCUGAUAACAACAAAUGAUUUUGUGGAGAUUCGAAUCAAGUCAUUUACAUCGAGUCUGUCCUUUAAAGAAAGAUGCAACGUUUUAUGAUAACAUGAGUAAAUAACUUGAACUGUCUUUAGUAAGAAAAAGACGAUACGGAAAUCAUUAUUCAUAGAAGUAAGAUAACGAUGUAGAACAUUUAAUGAGUGUAUAGAUGAUUAAAAUUAACUGAAGUUAGAGAGUUUAAGCAUAGUUUUAUUAUAUUAAUUGGCAUAAGUGGACAAUCAUAUCUAAUCAGAGAGAUAUCGUUGAUAUUGAAUAUUAUUGAACUCACAUGGUAUUGUUUGCUUGAAUCUUCCCUUUUGAGGUUUAAGACUGCAAUUGAUCAGUCUGUUAUUGGCAUAUGUGCAUACUGCCUCGAUAUUGCCGUAAUUCACAAGCAUUAUAAGCGAAGAUGGAUAAUGACUAGCAGUGGAAUGGGGUAUGCGCGUUUCGUCCUAUUUGGGACUCGUCAGCUGGAUGCACCUUCAUCUUAGUUGAUGUUCACUCUGGGACUCGAACCCAGUACCAUUCGCUUUAAACGCCACCGAGUUAUCCACUCAGCUACUGAGUCUUGAUAGCCCCUUGUUUGUGCAAUAGGGUGAAUUUAAAUUCACUUGGUAUUGUUUUCACGCCAAAAGCACCCACUUUCACAUUCAUGUUGUAUUUUUCACUUGAGAGGAUCUUGAAUGCUAUUGGUUCGUUGUCGCUUUUGUUAUACUAUUUUGUAAAGUUCACCAAGGACAUUUGUAUGCUGUAUAUGUACACUUGAGUUGUGCUUGUUGUUGCUCGUGCUUCUGGCUGCUUGUGGAAUACAUUUCUCUCUUCUAAGCCUGGACUUAUCUCACGGAAACCUAAUCUUUAGACACAAGUUUUUGUAUAUGUUAACGGGAUCUUUGAUUCUAACUAAUGUGUUUCUUAGAGUGUAGAAAAAUCUAAUUUUGUAAUUUUUCAAGAUCCGUUGUAAUUCUUCAGUCGUACGUUGGCUGUGAGGUAAAACCAUAGUACCGAUCCAGGAUUUUUCACUAAGAUUAUUAUUUGAAGAAGGAUAGUUUUCUUUAAAUAUGUUUUUGUUAUAUCUUGAAGGCUGAUUUCUUGAUAUACUGCGUAUAACAGAGCACUAGAACACCAAAACCCUUCCAAGUCUCAGUAAGAAGACAGAAAACUAACGAAAGGAAUAUUAUUCCAAACAGUGUCGAUUAUAGUACAAAAUUGUCAGGUAUUUAUAGUUUUUAGUAAGAACGAAAUCAUCAUUACAGUCCACCGAUCCGCGUACAUGGGAUUAUUAGCAUUGACCAAUCAGGAGGCUACACGUUGAAUUCUAGAAUAUUCUUCUGAACGGUGAUUGGAUGGGAUAUCUGCAGCUCCUUCUGAGCCUCCUACAGCUUCCUCGAGCUCACCCGUGGUCCGUCAUCACACCCCCUUUUAAAGUCUGUUGAGUAAGACUUCUUUCUCGGAUCCACCUAACAGUAUGCUGCCGGCCAGAGAGAAAAAUAACCCCCCGAAUGAAUAUCGUACGGUCACUCGUAGCUUCCAGGUGGGUGAAAUGGUACUCGUCAGAUCGUAUCAAGGUAAUAGGAAGUGGGAUACAGGUGUCAUAGAACGUCGUCACAAAAAGCUUGACCGCAGUGCCCAAGGGGUAACUGCUUGAGGUCGGUCACACACGACCUUUUUGUGAGCAAUUUUCGUGUUAGCUCCGUACUUGUUGAGAUCUCACCACCGGAGACGGAUAUCCGUGGGGUAAGGCGAGGUGUGUAUUUUUAGGAUCGACUUUUUCUAACACCACCCCUUCUUGUGGAAAGGCAGCAUCACUGUUAUGCCGGUUAUCUGAAGGAAGCACCCUACUGCUGUCACAUCUCUGUACAGUGAGCAGUACGACUUCACCUUCGGACCUUGGGUUUGUUGCUUUUAGUCUUACCGCUCUUCAAACGACCUGUCUGACAUGGUAGGACAUUGAGGAACGGUUGUUCCAGCCAGUAUAGCUCGGUUGCUUCAUCACGAUAGGCUGGCUCGACCACCACGUCAAGGUAGCUACAACGGUCGGGAAUGAGAAUAUGGUAUGGCAGCUUGAACCGAUGUAUAUAUUUUACGUGGUCCUACAUCGUAGCUGACUGACUAACCGAGUUUUCACAAACAACUGUCUACAUUAUCAUAUUCAUGGAAAAAAAUAGUCCAAAGUCUCCAACCAUAUUGAUCGCGGUUGUCAUGUGAAUACAAACUAGAAAGUUUAUAUCGACCAACAUGACACAAUGUCAUCGUGGUCUGAUGGCAUAUUCUUGUUUGAUCAUAUUUAGUUUACUAUUAACAUAAUCCUAUGCUAGAAAAUAUCUCAUUUAGAGGUAGAUGGUUGUUCAGGAUAAAUUAUAUGUAUAUCGGAAACAUCUCAGUCUAUGAAAAUACUCAACUCUAUGAACUGAAUCCGCCAUAUUUUCUUACUUCUCUUGAAAUGGACCAAGAUUUUUCUUAGAAAUAAUAAGUAAAGAUCAUAUGAAUGAAAUUCUUAUUUCAUUUUACAUUAGUUCCCGGUCAAUACAUUUUCACUUGUAUACUCUGUUCCCAUAAAAGUUAAUUUAAUUGCCCUUUUUAAAUUAGAGUUCGUUUCAAAUCAUAAUCAUUCUUGUCAUAUACUACUUAUUUCAUGUAUAUGGGCACGUAUGUGUGUGUCUAUCAUUCAGUUCUUAUAUGUUCCAACAUACAUGUCACUAGUACAUGUCUACCCCAUUUAUUAUCUGUGUGUUCCUAGUCAUGUGAUAUGUGCAUACCUCAGUAGGUAUGUGCACACGUGUACUACGUAUUGUGUUUACUUUUCUAUUGUGUUCUAUUUUUUUUGUAUAUGUGUGUUUCUGCACUCUCUAUCGAUUUGACCUGAAUUUAUUGUUUUUUUUUGAAAAAGAAAAGUAAUUUGAGUACUCUUUCUUUCUGUGAAGUAUACAGACACACACACACACAUACACACACGCUCACAAAUAUAUAUUUAUAUAUGUAUUACAACUCUGAUGAAGAGAUCGUCGAUUGGUAUUUGUAAAUUCUUUACUUUACGAUCAUCAUCGUCAGUUGUUUUGAAUAGUUAAAAUUGUUUACUUCCCUUUCUUCAUCUGAUGAAAGUUAAUGUCAACUCGUUUAAAUAUGAGUGAUACUAUGGAUUAUGAAGAUCGUUUAUGUAAGACAGUGGAACAAUGCAAAGCAUUAUUAAUAGAAAAAGAGAAAUUGGCUGAACAGUGUAAAAAUCUUCAGCAAGAAGUAUUAAAUUUACAAGAUGAAAAGUCCCAUCAACAAUCUGAAUUGAAUCGUUUUAAAACUUAUUUCAAUUCAUUGGGUUUAAAUCCAGCGAUAUUGGCAACAACAUCAAUUAAUUCUCAAUCAUCUCCAACAUCUUCAGUAGUUACAGCUACAACAGGAGUUGAAUCAAUUGAAAGUGACUUAAAUUCAAUCAAUACAGAACUGUUAAAUCAAUCUGCUAGUUCCAUUUCUGCAAUUACUUGUAGUAAUAAUGUUCUAAUGAGUCCAACUAUAGCUAAUUUACGCAUAAAUCAUUUACAAAAUCAAUUAAGUAAAUUACGUGAUGAAUUGUAUAGAACUGAGUGUGAUAAAGAAGAAUUAAAAAUUCAAUUAACCGAAGUCACUGCACAAAAUCUUGAAUUAAAACAAAAAUGUACCAUUUUAACGGCAAAAGCAGAAGAAAGUAUUCAUUUAAAAGAUGAAUUAGAUAUUGCUCGUGAAGAAGCAUCUAAUAUAUUACGUUUAUCUACAACUAUUGAACAAUUACGUAAACAUGCUGAUGAAGUAGUUAGUUUACGUUUACGUUGUUCACAAUUAGAAAAUGAUAAUCAAAUUUGUGUACAACGUUUAACUGAAUUAGAACAAGAAACACGUUUAGAUGGGAAUAUACGAUCAAAAGUAAAAGCUCAAGCACGUUUACAAAUAGAAGAUGCACAAUUCUUAGCAAAUGAAGCAAUAAAACGUGCUGAAUUAGCUGAACAAAAUUUAUUAAAAGUUCGACAAGAAUUAAUUAAUGUAAAUCGUGAAAAAGAGUGUAUCUUCUCUGAACUUACUCGUCUUAAAUCUUGUUGUGAAGGUCUUCAAUCAUGUGCACAAGCAUCAAAUUAUGAUACACCAAUAAUGGAAUCACAAAUGUUAAAUUUACAAGAAGAACUAUGUCGUUUACGUACAUCAAUGUAUGUUAGUGAUAUGAGUAGUGGUAGCAAUAUGAACGAAGUUGGCGGCAAUACUACUACUACUACUAUUACGACUGGUAUAUUAGACAAUGAUACUGGUUUUGUUGAUGAUAAUGAUGUUCAUCAUUUCAAUAUGUCUUUAACAUCACAAAACCAAUUGAAUACUAAUGAUAAUGAUUGUCAUUCAUUAACUGUCAAUGAUAAUGAUUCUUCUAGUACACAUAAUUUACAAACACCAUCUACAAAUUCUUAUCAUAUUCAUGUUGAUAAAGAUAUGAGUAAUCCAUCUGCUGCCACUACAUUGUUAUAUACAAAUUUAAUGACAAAAUUAACUCAAAAAGAAACAGAUUUCAUUGAAAUGGAACAAAAAUAUCGAGGUUAUUUAUGGAAAGCACGUGAAGUGAUACGAUUGUUAGAACGUCAAUAUCGACAACAUCAACAUAAUUGUCCACAAUAUAAAAAGAAAAUAAUCAUUGAUAUAAACAAUACUACUAAUAGUACUGAUGUUAACAACAACAGUAUAAAUAGUGAUAAAAUGAAUGAAGAGAUUAAUUAUUUACGUACGUUAUUAGUUGAAAAAGAACGUGUUAUUGAGAAAUUAGAGACUCAUCAUGAACAAAUGAGACGUCAUCAUGAAGCUGAGCAACGUAUUCUUUUAACUGCAUGGUAUAAUUUAGUAAUUAAAUCAACUAAAAACCUAAUUGAAUCAAAUCUAAAACAAAAUUGUCAUAAUUCUCCUGAAAAACUCAAUAAUUUUCUAUCAUGUUAUAAUACAGAGAAUAAUUUAUCAUUUUUAACUCGACAACGUAAUAUUCAUUUGAAACCUCCGACUGAUUUAACUUCAUUAGUGAUGGCAACAAAAUAGUAAUUGGUUGUUCUUGUUGUUCUUGUACCCAUAUAUACCUUCAUUACUCAUUGGUUCACAUUAUAUUUUCUCUCAUCCUUGUGCAUUUCACUAGGAUUGAUGAUAAUUGAAUUCUAUUUUUUUUCAGGAUUACAAUCAAGUUUGUUUUCCGCAUUUCAAUGUUUUAAUUCUCUUCUACCCUCUGAAAUAAGAUCAUCUUACAUUCAAUGCAGCUAUUCUACAAAUUCAUCAAAUAUAUUUUAUAUCAUGAUUAUUUCAUACUUAAACCCUUGAAAUUUGAUCUGAUUGAUUAUUCUUGAAGUGAUCUUUAAAAUGCAAAAAAGUGAUGAUCCCGAUCAUUGUCAGUUCAAUUACUCAUUAUUGAUUUAGUAAUUUGAUUUUCAGAUUCAUGUGGAUUCUAAAUUGUUUCUCACUUCAUAUUUACAUGAAUCAUUGUACAUAUAAAGAAUUGGAUAACUGAAUAAUAUUUCCUUUUCUAUUCUAUUUAAACGACUGUUUUUGUUGUUGUUGCUAAUUUUACUGUUACAC